AAUAAAAAAAAAAGACUCCACGCGUGCUGAGUCCAAUAUUUUCUCUCCUCCGAGAGUGACCAGAAGCUUCUCCUUCUUCCAUCCGAUCCUUCUUCUCCUUCCAUUCGGUUCGCAAGAUUUUCUCCUUCUUCAUCUGAUUGAGCUCUGCAAGAACCAUCCGAGGUAAAUCAAAACUCAUUGUUUUGGGCAGGAUGUCAGAGGAACCUUUUUUGCCGAGGGAGAGGCUUUACCAGCUGCAGCAGUAUUUCCAGAACGCUCAUAAGCAUACUUACCUGAAGGGGCGUUAUGAUGCAAUAACGUCUGUUGGUAUACCUCUAGCACUGGCUGCCUCAUCCUUAUUUCUGAUUGGGCGUGGAAUUUAUAACAUGUCUAAUGGGAUCGGGAAAAAGGAAUGAAAAUCUUUUUUACUUCAUUUUUCCAACCCAGCUUUGUCUAAAGUCCGCUCAACUUUGUUUUAUUAGUUUGCAAUAAUGUAUUACUUGAAAUGCUCAAAUAUAGCAUUGUACAUGGUUGACAUUGAUAUUUAGCUUUCCAUUUGAAGUAUUUUAUUUG